UUCCGUCAUAACGGAAGAGACUUCAAGAAAGGGUUCCUUCUUGUGAAGGGCGGUCACCAUACUGCCGGUCCCUUUCCCUCAUCCCCUUCGCCCGUUCCUUUCCGCCAUGGACCCAGCCCUCGAGCGCCUCUACAUGGAGGAAGUCCUCCACCUCCACUCCCUCUGGCACCGCGGGCCUCCCGGGAACCCUAACCCCAACCUCACCCUCCGGCCGGCCACCGGCACCGCAUUCAAGAAGGAAGCCAAGAACAAGAAGAAGUCGAAGUCGAAGUCGAAGUCGAAGUCGAAGUGGGAGAAGAAGAAGCAGCAGCAGCAGCAGCAACAGGGCUCCGCUGCUGCCUCCGACCAGCCCCCGGCCAACCCGCCGGCCAAAGAGGGCGAAUGGCCGUGCGAUUCCCCGCCAGAAAAGGAUGUUGCCCCGGCGACCUGGGCCGAUCUUUCCCCGACGCCGGCGGCCACCCAGACACGUCCUCCAUCCUCCGCCGAGGAGCAGGCGAGGGCCGCGGCGGAUCGGGCGCAGCAGAGGGGCCUGAAGGCCUGCAAGGACUUCUUCGCCAAGAAGGACGGCUCCGACGACGGGGAAGAGGAGGAGGACUCCAUGGAUGAGGACGAGGAGGUCGGGGAGGGAGAUUUCAAGUUCUUCUUGGGGCUUUUCGAGAGCGUUGGGGAGUUGCGGGAGUAUUAUGAGAAGAACCGGGAGAAGGGAGACUUCAGCUGCUUGGUCUGUGGGGCGAUCGGGGUGAAGAAAUGGAAGAGGUUCGGGGACUGCGUUGGGCUCAUCCAGCACUCAAACUCGAUCUCGAAGACGAAGAGGAGGGAAGCGCACCGGGCGUUUGCGAGGGCCGUGUGCAGAGUGCUUGGUUGGGACAUCAAAAGACUGCCAAACAUCGUUCUUGAUUUGGGCAACUCUCUUGGCCAGUCCUUGGCUAAAGCCGACAAUCCACAGGAGGAUAUGCAGAAGGAAGAUAUAUCUGCUGAAGUGGAAGGGAUUUCUAAUGAAGUUGCUGCGGAUGCUGGGGCUGAUAAAGUGGAUUUGAUGGACUGUGCUGCAAAAGAAAUUGAAGCUUUGCCUGCUGAAAAGUUGCAGAAAGUAGGUGAAAUUGAUGAGAAAGAAAAUGACGAGGAGCCAAUGGACUGCAUAGAAACAAAAAGGAUCACAGAAUUACCAAAUGAAGAUGUCAUUGACAAAAAGGAAAAGCUAUGCAGGGAAAUUGGUAAUCACGGAGAGAACAAUGAUGGACUUGAUGAAUGAUUUCUUAAAGGAAGUUCAGUAUCAUGUCAAUGAUGGAAUCAAAGCAACUAUUGCUUGGCACUGGCAUCUUUCAAAUACAGGUCGAUACAAGGGAAGAUGGUAUCUCAUGAUAUGAGGGAAGACAGUCUUUGUACAAUGUUCAUAUGUGGGGAGGUAGUGUGCUUGAGGUCGGGAACAACAGACUGCAUAAUGUGAUAAAUGUACUUACUGCUUUACGAUUUUGGCAUUUCUCUCUCUUUCUCCAUGCAGCACAUGUUUGAUUUUACCUAUAAGGUGUAAUUUUAUGUUUUCAUUGCUGCUUCAAUUUUGAGAUAAAAUUUCCUAUUGUGGGGACUUCUCUUCAUGUCUCAUUAGCUAGUAAUUUUGUUAUGGACACCAGGAUUAACUUUUACAUCAAUAUAGUGUAAAUAGUUUGUUGCCUUUGUG